CCUGUUUACUUUCGAAUCUACUCCUGCAAUGGCUGCGUGGCUCUCCUCCAUGUCAGUGCCUCGGAAUGGAGGCAGACUGCUGUCAGGCUCCGUCUUCAAAGCUCCAGUUUGCUUCAGGGGCUUGGGAAGGACUUCUUCUGCCUCAGGGGCUGUUUCUGCCAUCCAGGAUAAGCCUCGGACAAUAGAUGAUCUGCCCCGUGUCAGCCUCCUGGAAAUGCUUUACAGGCUUGUGUUUCAGGGGUUUUAUAACCGUAUGCAUGAGCUACAGAUCCAUGAGAAGAAACUAUAUGGGUCCAUUUACCAGAAUGGCCUCAAGGCGGUGGUUGUGAACAACGUUCAGCUGCUGGAGGAGGUCUUGAGGAAGGAUGAGAAGUUUCCUUGCAGAGGAGACAUGACACUGUGGACGGAGUUCCGCGAAAUCCGAGGAUUGGGCUAUGGGCCUUUCACAGAAGAAGGGAAGAAGUGGUACAACCUGAGAACAGUGCUGAACAAGCGCAUGCUUCAUCCAAAGGACUCUGCUCAGUAUGACGGGGUUUUUAACGCCGUGGUCACAGACUUCAUCAAACGGAUUAACUAUCUGCGCCAGGGAAGUCCAACUGGAGAUCUUGCAACCAACAUUGCCAAUGAGCUUUACUUGUUCUCCCUGGAAGGCAUUGCCUCCGUACUGUUUGAGACCAGACUUGGAUGUUUGGAGAAGGAAAUCCCUCCCGGCACACAAGAGUUCAUCAAUUCCAUUUCUGCCAUGUUCUCCAACAGUAUUGCAGUGAUGCUCCUUCCAAAGUGGGGCCGCAAUAUACUGCCCUACUGGGGGCGCUACAUCGGUGGCUGGGAUGGCAUCUUCAACUUUGCAAAAAAACUCAUUGACAGAAAGAUGGAGAUUAUUAAACAGCGCUUGGACAAUAACCAGGAGGUUGAGGGCGAGUAUCUGACGUACCUCCUGUCAAACACCCAGAUGAGCACCAAAGAUGUGUAUGCCAGCAUUGCAGAGCUUCUCUUAGCUGGAGUGGAUACGACCUCCAACACCCUCACAUGGGCUUUGUACCAGCUUUCCAAAGAGCCUGAAGUCCAGGAGAAACUCUACAAAGAAAUUUCCACAUCAGUUCCAGCAGAUCGCUUACCCACUGCUGCAGAGGUCACUCGGAUGCAGUAUUUACGGUCCGUUGUCAAGGAAACACUCAGAAUGUACCCUGUUGUUCCUGUAAACGCACGGAUUAUAACAGAAAAAGACAUAAAUGUUGGUGGAUAUCACUUUCCAAAGAAUACAGCAUUCAACUUUUGUCACUAUGCCAUAAGCCACGAUGAGGAGACCUUCCCAGAAUCCUUUAAAUUUAAGCCUGAAAGGUGGCUCCGUGACGGCCGCGAGAGGCCGAACCCUUUUGGCUCCGUUCCGUUUGGAUAUGGAGUGAGAGGCUGUGUGGGGCGGCGGAUUGCUGAGCUGGAAAUGUACUUGCUUCUGUUUCAGCUUGUAAGACAGUUUGAGAUAAAGCCAGAUCCUGCAGUGGGAGAGUUGAAAAGCAUCAACCGCACAGUGCUGAUUCCAGACAAGCCUCUCAACCUUCACCUGGUGAACAGAGGAUGAAAAAAAAAGCCGUUCAAAUUGCUUCUACAGAUCAGUUUGAUCCAGAAUGUGCACUAAGCUUUAUGUGCUUUUUUUUCAAUAAUAGAUGUAUAUCCCACUGUGUGAGCAUAAGACGUACAAUGCAUGUGUAAAAUGAAGCAUAAAAUGCACAUUUUAUUUUUAUACUGACAAUAUAUGUUUUCUAAGUGCUACACGUUAAAUAACAAAGCUGCUAUUUUCGUUUUUUCAGAAUUAUUGAGCAACUCACAAUCGAGUUAUAGGAUCUAAUAGAUGGAGGGUAAAAAAAAUAUUUGGAAAAAUGUUUUUCUUAUCAUUUGUUUCCUUGUUUCCUUACAAUUUAUUCCAAAAAAUAUACUUUCUAUUUACUGGUAAAUAGUGCAAUUAAAUGUGAAAAAAGGUUAAUAUUCUAAAGAUAAAAAAAAAACAAAUUCAGAGGCAUCAUCCACUUUAAUGAUUUACUGAGAGUACAUGAAAAAGCCAAGAUGCAAUAAUGUGGAUUUUCAAAACUGGAUGGUCUUAGAACCCUUUUAUUACUGGAAUGUGAUUGUAUGACUCACGGUUCAAUGAAAGCUUGCAAAGCUUCACCUGUGAUAUGACCUAAACUUUAGAUCAUUUGCUGUUUUUCCUUUUAAGGAAGUAAUAAAACACUCCACUUUUUUCAUUUAUCAAGAACAUUGAGUAUAUUCAUGUAAACCCUUUGAUGCAUAUUGAUGCGAAUAUGCAACUACAGCUCCAAAAUUAUCUUAAUGUAGCAUGUAAUUGACAUCAUGUGACUUUUUUUUUCAAAAGUGGAAAAAAAUCCAGGUACUGAGGGGUCAAGCAGCAUAAUAAUCCAUUUCCAGUUAGAACUUUUCCGACUGAGCUCAUGCACAGUAGCACGGUCAAAGUGAACUGUGCUUUUCGAGGACCAAACUGCCCUCCUCUUGAUCUUUGAAACAAAGUCAAAUCCUCCCACCAGUCGUUCCACUUUUCUGCUUGUUGUGGUAUUUCACAUCUACAUGAAUGUUUUUCUUUGGCAAAGAUUAACUAAAGGGUAAAUUAAUUUGCUCAUUGAUGUGAAUCUCCUUUCUGUAGCCUUAGACCCUCACCUCAGAUAUGAAUAAGGUCACAGCAUAAUCAAAUUAAACUUGUAGACAAGAAAACGCCUCUCACAUGUUUUUUUUUUUCAAAAUAAAAGCAUUAUAAAUCCA